CACAAUCGAGCAGGCAACACACACUUUAAAAUUUAAUGUGAGUUCAGAGCUUGAUUUGGGGAAAACAGUUCAAGCUCUUUAAGCGUGAUGGACGAGGAAUUCUCUAAUCAGCCCAUCGAUCCAAGCAUCGCUCGGAGUGACUACUCCCGGAGUCAUUUCGUUAACCAGAGCUCCAUGACAUUGAGUCGCGGAUUGGACUCCACCCGACUGCUUUUCGUAGGCGAAAACUUCCAGCAGACGCGCAGCGAACAGGACUUAUUUUACGACUGUCAAGGUCCGGGUGAGGACUCGCCAAAGGAGGGCCGUAGUGCCACCAGCCGGUGCAAGUUCGAUGAUCCGGCUGCGAUACGGGAUGCCCUGGAACGGGCGGCCAAUGCCACACAGAUGCUACUCAAGAAUUUUGACAAGUCAGGUGGUUGGAAUCAGCCAUGUGCCGUCACCCUGGAGUUGACCGCUCGGUUGGUGGACCCCAAGAAGGGUCGCGCUGGUUGUCCGUUGCACGGAAAGCCCGUCACCGUCCAGAUGCCGCUGGAGUUCAAUCCGCAGAGCGGCAAGAUGGUCAAGUGUCAGCAAAAGAAACAACCGGUCACCAGGCAUCGCAAAGAGUCCAUCUGCCAGUGCCGCUCGCAGCAGUAUAUGCGUUCCGGUCCAAGGGCUCCAAAGCCCAGCUCAGGUAAAUCCGCCAGCAAACACUUUCGUCCAUGUGCAUCGCAACAGCUAGCCGAAGGGUCCGCCAGUUCGGUAUACAUAGGAAGCUGUGGGGAUUCAACAUCUCAGUGUAACCGUUGCACUCCGGCCACAUGUUGCCGCUGGCACGACCCGGGGGCACGGGAGGUCAUCUCAAUCUCCUGCCUGACCUUGCCGGAUAUCGAAUCAGAGCUCACUCUUACCCCAGUGCCUGAGCCACUGCCAAUUGAAGAACCGUUGGUGGAGAUAGAACCAACGGCCCCGAAGGAGCACUUGAUAAUCUAUGCUCCAGAGCCGGAACACCCGAUCACCGAGUCGGAUGAAUCCGAUGAGCUCUUGUCUAGCGAGCAGGAGAUGUUAGGACCGCAGCCGGAAGAAGAAAUGGGACCGCCGCCGCCGGAAAGAUCGCCGGGAAGCAAGCGGUACUACCUUGCCCUGCCUCAAAACAAGGAGUUCUCCAACUGUUCGCCGUGCCGUUUCGAUCCCAGUCCUAUUAUGGACGAGGAAGGCAAUGUGUUUUGUCCCGGCAACUGUGGCUGCUGCAUGUGUCCGUGGAAGCAACGCUCCUUUGCCCCAAACCAGCAGCACACCAAUGUCAAGGUUUGCCGAUGCGUACAGCGCGGCACCAUCUUCACUAAGUUCGAGGAUCGGGAGGUCUGCAGCCAGACCUCCUACUUCGAUUUUUGUCCGUGCCGCGAAAAGGCGGAGGCCAAGUUCUUAGAAUUGUACCACGCUGAAAUGUGGUCCCGUCCGGAAAUCACGCGGGGUCGCGAGAUCCAACUCAAUGAGAUCAAGGAACUGCUCGUACCCACGAGCCAUCCAAUCGAAUAAAAUGUGUUUGCUCACCGAAUCAAAUCG